UGUUCUGCUAUGCUCCAAUUCUUUUCCAAACGAGUCGUAAGUCUCCUUAGCUCCAGCAAGAUCAUUACUAAAGAUAUUGUUAAAAAGAAGUUUACAAUAAUUUGUGGAAUCUUAAAGAAUUGUUUCUUCUUUUUUUUAAGAUCCGCGAUUUUAAAUGCAGGUUAUCAAGUAUCUUUUACACAUACAAAUAAGACUGGUAUAAAAACAAACGCUCCAGCUACAGUUAUAUGGGAUAUAAUGCGUUGCUGGGAAGCCAAACACCCUUCUAAGAAAAAAAAUAUUGAAGGGAGUGUUGCUCAACGCAUUUUAUUAACGAGUCCCGCCAAGAUGCAUUCUUUUGAUAUUCGAAAUGAUGCCAAUCCCAUGUCGAGACGAAUGGGCUAUGUGCGCUUUCAAGAAAAUCCGUUACCCUAUUGGGGUCCAGGCACAAGAGCGACCGCAAUGAUCGGAGAAUAUAAAAUGGCAAAAAGCAAACAAAAUCAGGGAAAAAGAAAACGCGAUAACUCGGAAGAGAACAAAUAAAAAAUGUUAUUUAUUUUUUUGUAUAUCGAUUUAAAUAAAAGACACUGGUACGAUUAUAUUUAAAAACAUUAUUUAUUUAUUACUACUUAUUUUAACUAAUCGUAAGUGUAAUUAUGUUUAAUGCGAGCUUUUGUUUGUUAUUUUUAUUACGAUUCACGCACACUUUCAAAAAUCAAUUUUGCGUAUGUUCUCGUAGCACAGAUUUUUAAAGAUGCGCAUGAGCUAAGGAAAAUCUAACGAUGAGGACAAGCUCUUUAAAAAAUUAUGUUUACAAGUUAAUAGCAAUAACGGGGCGAUAAGGGAUUUAUCUUUAUGCUAUGUUUGUAGAAUUGUAUUCUAUUUCUGAAAUAAAGGUACACACUAUUACGUAUGCAGCAUAGGUACAAGUAAACAAUUAUACAGAAAAGAAGAUUUUCAACUU